CCUUGUCUGUAUCACAUGACUUGUUAUUUGCCAAAAUGGUGGAAUAAAAGCAGACAACAGAACGAGUUGUAUAGCUCAAGAAAGUCUCGUGAUCUUUUGUCCAAAAUGGACUCUCUGGGAACUCGAGAUGAAAUUGUUGAGCCGUCCACAAUUACAAGAUGGAACUUUACAAAAUUACUGGAGCAACCCAGAGAGAAUGUGGGUGAAGAAGAUGGAUCCCCCUUCCCCUGGAGAAAUGACCUGAAUGCAAAAAUAGCUCUUUGGUCUGGGAAUAUCACAAAGCUGAAUGUUAAUGCCAUUACCCAUGCAACCAAUGAGCACAUGAAUGAUAGAAAUUCACUCAGUGAUGAGCUGUACAGACAGGGUGGACAGGCGCUGUUUAAAGAGGUGCAAGAGGAUUUACGAGUGUGCAAGACUGGGGAAGCAAAACUCAGCAAAGGCCAUCAACUACCAGCACGUUAUGUCAUCCACUCAGUGGGUCCACGCUACAACGUUAAGUAUAUUACAGCCGCCGAGAGCGCUCUGUUUAGCUGCUAUAGGACAAUCCUACAGAUAUGCAAAGAGACAGAAAUCAAAGUCCUUGGUCUUGGAGCAAUCCACACAGUCCGCAGAAACUAUCCCCCUGAGAAAGGAGCUCAUAUAGCAAUACGUACAGUUAGACGCUUCCUAGAAAAACAUCCCGAAGCUAUUGAUCUCAUCGUUUUUGCAUGCACAGAAGAAAAUUUGGAAGUGUAUAGAAAAAUUCUUCCAUUGUACUUCCCAAGGAAUUCUAGUGAAGAAGACGAAGCUCUUGACCAUCUGCCCAGUGAUAUUGGAAACGAAGACGGUGAACCUGUGAUUAAAGAGCGUCAGAUUAGAAUCUUGGACAAGCCUACCUUUGCUGCAUUAAAGGCUACAGAUGAAGAAUUUGAGCAGACCAUCGACCUGAACAAAGAGUUUGCUCAGUCCAUGGCCUUGGACGUCGGCCACCAUCCCUUUGCCAACAUGGAGGAAGACCCUGACAAAGUGAAAUCCCGCCAUAUGGCACAGCAGAACACUGCAGAGGCAAAAAAGCUGGAAGUUCGUCGAAGGUACGACAGGUUACUCCAGCGGGCUAAGUCGGAAGAUCUCACAGAUGUGGCUGCCUACCAUUGUUUGUACCGUACCGGAGUGGAUCACUUUGGCCGUCCUAUUGUUGUGUUUGUCGGUAAAAAUUACCCUGCUCAGACUGCUGACCCAGAAAAGGUUCUCCUGUAUCUCAUCCGUGUGAUGGACCCGGUGGUGGAGACCGACUUUGUCCUGGUUUACUUCCACACCUUGACUUCCGGAGCCAACCAGCCCCCGAUGAACUACCUCAAAAUGGUGUACAGCUUCCUAGAUCACAGAUACAAGAAAAAUCUUAAACAGUUUUAUAUCGUCCAUCCCACCUGGUGGUCAAAGCUGGCCACAUGGUUCUUCACCACCUUCACGGCGUCGGACAUCAAGCCCAAGGUGCACAGCCUUAAGGGUGUCCAGUUCCUGUACAGUAAGAUGAGCCCCGACCAGAUCGACAUCCCCCAGUUUGUCCACGAGCACGACAUACAGGUGAACGGUGCCAGAUACGAGGUUCCCGACACGCCGGAGGGACUAUGACGUGCUUUCUGAUGAUGUUGCUGUUUUUGCUGUUGUUGUUGUUGUUGUUGUUGUUGGAGCCUGCAAUGAAGCCAUAGAAAUGAACACCAAUGAGGUAUUGAGAGGAAAAAACAGUGUGAGAUGUUUGUUCUGGGAAUGGAUGUGUGAAGAUAAAUGAAUAAAUCCUGAGCUUUUUGUGAGUCUGAAAUGACCUGUUUUGAGUGAAAUAGUUGAAAAAUUAACGCCCAUGUGCCAUGAAUGGGACAUUGUUUUGCUUUUGGCAAAUGUGUGCUUCGCUUUAUUUUUCUAAUAAUGUUUGAAAUGUAAAAUGGUUUUUUCAUUAUUUUUUUUUUCUGUUCGAUGUGCUAAGAUAGGCUAAUAAUUAAGUGGAUCUAGAAAUGUUUUGGCUGUGAACAUUUUUCUCAACUAGAUGGUACGCUCUUUUUUAUGUGCCAUUUGUUUGUGGGAGAUAGUAUUUAUUCACCAGUGUUGUGAUAAAUUAACACAAACUAAAGGGCAGAAGAAUGUAUAAAUUCAAUAUAUUUUCAUUCCUUAAACAUUUGUUGUUGUUGUUGUUUUUUAACAGCGUAUCACAACUGUAGACACGUCUCCCUUUGUUCUGAACAUCUCAUCACUUUUGCAAUAGGCACUUUUUUUUUUCCUAUAUGGAAUUUGACUCUAUAGAUUUCUCAGUUCUUCCCACACAUGGUUUUACUUUAAAUUAUGUUUACUCGUGCAAUUUGUAAUUAACCCUUACAGCACCAGGCUAUUUUUAGCCCUCACUUCCCUGUGGCACAGAUAAAUAAUACUGGAGUCCUUGACUACUCAGCCCCAACAAUACUGAUAUUGCGUCAGCAACUUUUUGCAAACAUAAAACACAUUUCUUCACUGCCUUCAAUACAACUUAAGAAGAUUACGUGAAAAAUAUUUUUCAGAGACGUUUGGAUCGAUUACGGUAAAAAUAUGCUACAUGGUUUGAGGUUGCCAGUGCCCUGUUAAGGAAAUAUAUUAUACAUACAUGCGACUGGGACUUAGGGAAACGAGAACUCGUGAGGUACACAGCUGCAGCUGUAAGGGUUAACCAUUCUAAUCAAAGUCGUCAAAAAGUUUCUCAAUCCUAGUCAAUUUUGGAGGGAUAUUUUCUUUUUUCUCUUCCUGGGACUUGUUACUCUGUGAGACUUUCUCAUUUUAAUCAUGGAGGGAGCAGGCAGAUCUGGAGUGUUUCUCUUUCAAUAGAAAUCCAAUGAUGUUGUUUUGUUUACGGUACUGAACAGUCUUCAAACUGAGAAAUAUUGAUGGAUGGGGUAAGUUCUAAAGGGAAUCUAAGCACUAUUGAAAUGAUUUCUUGAAAAACAUUUUUAAAAACCAACAAACAAAACUGGAGUUAAACCUUGUUAUUUAGAACUGAAACCAUCAGAUGAAUAUAGCCCAUAAUUAAAAUAUCUGGAGAUUUCAAAGGCAACAGUACCUUCAGUUUUCUGAAAUAGCCACAGCAUUUACUACAGGCUUACCAUGAGAGGCAGGGGCAAAAGGAAGUAGCCAUUUUUUCAUGUGGCAGCAACAGCAUGCUUUUGUCUUGAUAGUUUUUAGCUACUCACAAGUACCAAUUCUUUAUGCAAAGGCAAAGGCUAUGAUGAACCACCUUCCUUUUGUACCAAAACUGAUUUGUAUUUUCCGUUCAUAGCUACCUAUGCUACUGUGUACGCUGUAUGGUUUUGUAUGCUCUACCAUGUUUUCACAAAGAAUUUUUAAAAAGAAAACGUAGAUUCUACACUGUUAAGGGUUUGUUAAUGUAGGUUGGUGGGUUGGUCCUCAGUGACGAUAAAGUAUUAUCUUGUCUCAUCUUAUUCUAUCUUAUCUUAUCUUACGUUAUCUUCUCUUUUUUUUUAUAUGUUUUGGAAAAAAUUGCCGCAAAUGAUUGUUUUUUAAUGAAUAAUAAGAGAAAGAUUCCAAAAUGUGUGUAGGUGAUUUUGUUAUUAUUAUUAUCAUUAUGAGCCAUUUUUUAUUCUCAUCCCACCACAAGGUUACUUCAGCUAUUUUGGUAUGUAAGUAGGAGUGCUGUGGCUGACUUACAGAGUCGGAUAUAAUGUAUCAGAAAGUUUGAAAAAAAACAGUGACUGGAAAUAAUUCAGUAGAAGACUUGAAUUUCUUGAAGAAAUAUUGCACACUGGGUUGUUUUCUUGUUUUUGUUUAUUUCGUUAUUUUACUAAUAUUUUGAAUUUGCAAUUUGAGUGCCCCGGUGUCAUGUGCUCCAAUGCAGUUGCACCACUUUUAACGUUUCAUGGACGUCUUGAUUUCGCAACUUUCUUUUAGAAUCGAGAAAAUCAUAAACUCAAGUGACGCGUGAAAAAAAAAGGAUGCAGUAGUUUGUUGUUGUAUUUAAUUUGAAGAUGUCGCUACAUAAGUUGUCUCAAACGCUGCUCGACACACGAAUAAAAGACGGGAGAACACGGUCAUAAUGUGUGCUUCGGAGAUUGUGUAUGGCUAUGGCUGGACCUGCCACUGGGACUUAAAGUGUGAAAGGGAGAGAGUCUUUUUGAUAUUGUGACUGUGAUUGUGAGAUGUGUGUGGCCUGGAAGGGCCUUAUGAAGUGUGUGCUUUGAUCAUGCAGGCAUCAAAGCUAUGCAUGCCAGCCAAAUCGCUUGCUUGGAACAGAUUUUUCCCUUAGUGAUACGAUAUUUGUUCUUUCCUCCAGUUUGCACUAUUCUGACGCAACAGUUAUCAUUGAACAAUGUGUGGUGUUUAUGUCUGCUUGUUAGCUUGGAUUUAUAAUGUCUUCAACCUUAAAUGUCUACUCCCUUAUACUAAAAUCUCCUGGUCAAUUUUUACUCAAAAGUUCAGGGCAAAAUCUUUGCACAGUAAAAUCCUGAACCAGGAAAGCAAUUAUACAAAUAUGAGAACUGCCAUUAAUUGAGCAAGUUUGUAUUAUUAUAACUUGAGAACUGCCAGUAGUACAAAGUGCAGAACCUGCUUUUCUUCCUUUCCUGCUCAACAGGGCCUGAGAAAUGAAGACUUAACUCUCUAAUGACGAAGUGGACACGUGUCUAAUCAUCAGCAAACAGUGUUUCAUCUCAUAUUUGGAACCAUUAUACACUAAAAAGAAACAAACAUUGGUAUAUUUCAUAAUGCAUGUAUUUUAUUGCCUGUUUUAUAGGCUUCAGAUAUAAAGGAAACAGUAUUACACAAUCUGUAUAAAUAUUCAAGUAAUGCCUUUGUAUUUAAAUUCCCCCCCUCCCUAAAAGCGCAUAUUUAAACGUUGUCUAGUGACUAGAAUUUGUGUCCUCGAUGAAUGAAAACACAAUUGCAAUAUGUUUCUUUGUCUUGAGGGUGAACUUGACAAAUGUUUUGCUGAGAUCAUUUAAGUAAAUUUUUGGGAGCAUUUCGCUCCCUGUAUUUAAAAAUCUUUAAGAUCGUACAAUGUCCAUACGAAAAAAAUGGUCGAGGUUAUUGAAUUGAAAAGUAGAAGUAAGUUAAAUGUAUUGUUAUAUUAGGACAGCCACCCUUGUUGAGGAGAAAGUGGUUGUCUUGGACAGGUGGACAUCUCGGACAAUGUCAUUAUAGUAUAGGAAAACUGCAAGGGGGUUAGUGGGAAGUGGCCAUUUGUACAGGUGAUUGUCUAACAGGCCUUUUGAGCAGGUUCAGCUGUAUGUAUAUAUAGAGUAAUACAGAAGGCGUCUCAACAUGACAGGCUCACCUCCACAUUACUAUAUUAUUUAAACUGUGAAGCAAAAUAAUUUUUAAACUGAAGUUUAAAGCUGGGGUGCUAUUGUCGUGAAUUGAAGAUGUCGGCACAGGUCUAUUGAACUUCGUGUCACAGGUCUAUUGAACUUCGUGUCAUGGUGUAUUUUUUACUGUUCCCUUUACUUAACUGUUUAUACUGAUCCAGUGUCUUUUUUUUUUGUCUUUUCUGAUUCUGUGUAAUGGUCUAAAUUGUUUUGUGACCUGCUCUUGUCCUUUUCACCCUUUGUAAGAGAUUCAUAAUUGUCUUCUAGUACUAUUUCAGACCCAGGGCACUCCAUUUGCUCAGCUGGUAUCAUGUUAGAAAUCAAAGUGGAUGGCCUUGGAUCAAAUCCCAGACAGGGCAUUCUUGAACUCUGAUCAUUUUGUGGAAUUUUCAAAGCUCUCAACCCAUUUUGCUUGCUCCCCACUGGAGACGGAUGUGAAAUUUGGAGGUCCCACCUCUUGAAUAACCUAAUUGUGUUGAUAGGGGCUUUAAACCCAUACACUUACUUUUUUUUUUUACUUCAGAUGGAUACAGCAGUUUCCAUUGUUUGUAUUAAUUUUGUGUGUCUGUGCUUGUUGUUAUUGAGUAUCAAUCAGAAACCACAGUUUCAACCAGUGUAUCAGUAGCAGAAUUUUCAGAUCGGACAACAUGGUUGUGUUAAAAAUCUUAAUAAACUUUUCUUACACUUUUGCUUUAUAUUCAUGCUCUGCUGCUAUUUCUCAUGAAAUGUUUGCAUAGAUCUUUAUAUAAUUAGUAUCUAAUGUUUCUUGAAAAUGAGAGGGUGAGCAUAUUGAAUCAUUGACCUAAAUUGUUAUUAUUGCCUGCCAGUAGUUGGGUGUUUUUUGUUGUUGUUUGUUUAUUAUUCUUUUAAAACAUUUGGCUUGUGCUAUUUAGAUAAUAAUUGUUGACAGUCUUUUAAUUAAAAAACAUCUUGUAUAUUAUUGUCUUCUGAUUUUUGCAAACAAGGUUAACAGCAGAAUGAUCUUUUUUUUUUUUCUAUUUUAUUGAUUGUAUUUUUUUGGUGUAUUUUUGAUGCAGCCCAGCCACAUUUGAUCAAAUUUUUACAGUGCAAUGUGAAAUGUGGUCUGGUCUUAUUCCUGACACUUUGUGGUGUUAUGUCAUUGAGGUGAUACUGCCCCUGUCUCCUCCACUGGAUAGUCAUAUCAAUUCAUACGGAAAUAAAUUUUUCAAGAUACAUGUACUAUGUAAA